AUGGUUUUCCUAUUCUUGAUCAAAUUCAGCCCGGAAGCUAGAAGGUCGUCUUCCAUUUUCUUUGCACCUGACCGUGAGAAGUUGGUUACAAGCUUGUUGUUGUCUCUUUCAAAGUUCUUGUCACGCACAUUAGCUGAUAUUGGUUUAUCCACCAUUGCUUUUUCCCCCGCCAUUGCCUGAAGAGUAGAUACUAGGAUGCUUUCAGAAAACAUAAUAUUUAUUACUUGCUAAAUAUCUUGAAUUUUGGGUCAGGGGCUUGAGUGGUGAGCGAACUGUGAAGAGAUUGCGGUUGUCAAAGGCCUUGACAAUACCUGAGAAUACAACUGUUCAUGAAGCUUGUCGCCGGAUGGCUGCUCGUAGAGUUGAUGCAGUUUUGCUAACUGACUCAAAUGCAUUGCUUUGUGGAAUCCUCACAGACAAGGUUUAUUAAUAAUACUUGGUUUGGUAGCAUUGGUAUGUUGCUGUCUUUUGGUUCUGGUCAUGACAUUAUUUGUACUUCUACUUAUUGAAGGAUGUAGCAACAAGAGUCAUAGCACGUGAACUGAAGCUUGAGGAUACGCCUGUAUCUAAAGUCAUGACACGGAAUCCCAUCUUUGUCCUUUCAGACACUCUAGCUGUAGAAGCAUUGCAGAAGAUGGUGCAAGGUUAUGUCUGUAAAUUAUGCUAAUGUUUACCUUAUCAUAUAAAACUCAUCCCUCAUAUUUCAUUCCCCACACCACCCUUUAAAUUUUUAUUUCCACAGGAAAGUUCAGACAUUUGCCAGUUGUUGAGAACGGUGAGGUCAUUGCAUUGCUUGACAUAGCUAAGUGCCUCUAUGACGCCAUUGCACGAAUGGAAAGGGCAGCAGAAAAGGGAAAAGCAAUUGCAGCUGCAGUAGAAGGGGUUGAGAAACAUUGGGGAACAUCAAUAUCUGGUACAUGGAAUUAUCAUAAAAUGCAAGUUGUUGCAAUCUUUCUUUUUUGCUUUUCCAUAUGCAUGAAGCUAGUACGUUUGAAUACAUCCUUGUUUCAUGCACAAGAAACAAUAGAUGCAGAAAUUCAUCUUCUUUUCUCUUGUAUUGUGUAGGGCCUAAUACGUUCAUUGAAACUCUACGGGAGCGCAUGUUUAGGCCAUCAUUGUCCACCAUCAUUUCGGAGAAUCCAAAGUAGGUAAUAUAUUUCGUUAUUCUUGAUACUUCUCUUCUAUAACCAAAGUAGCUUUCAUUUUUUGUGUAUUUUUUGAUUUAAUAGGGUUGUCACAGUGUCACCAACUGACUCAGUUCUAACAGCAACAAAAAAGAUGCUGGAACUCAAAUUGAGCGCAGCAGUCAUAACUGUUGACAGCAAACCCCGUGGAAUAUUGACGUAAGCUACCUCCAUAUUCUUCGUUUAUCGUAGGCAAAGGAAAGAUCUUAGCCUGAACCUUCUUUUAGGGACGAUAUCAUUUUCUUGUGAGCUAUUCUGAGAAAUUUUCCUUAUUUCAUACAGUUCAAAGGACAUUUUGAUGCGCGUCAUUGCCCAGAAUCUUCCUCCAGAAUCAACACCUGUCGAGAAGGUACAUUAUUGUCAAUGUGUGACACCUGGUUCAAGUUCUGCUUUGCUUUGACUUGCAAUUUCUACCAUGGAUAUGGGAAUAACAGAUAUUCCGAGUUUUUUAAGUUUUUGCCCGCCCCAUAUCAAUGAAAGUGCAAUUAAUGUCAAUAACUACAGUAAAAACGGUUUUUUCCAAAGAAAAGAAAAGAACUUGAAGUAUAUCUUUGUCUGCUACAAAUUUUCAACUCACAUCAGAAGCUUCACAGAUAUGAAAGUAUUAUGAUUUUAGACUCCUAAUGAAUAUGAUACCAUCCCGCAUAGAUUCUCCUUAGAAUCAGAACUUGCUAUUAUUCUUUCUUUUCUCGUACUGGAUUAGAGUUUCUCCACACAUUUGUAAAUAAAAAUUAUAUUUUAGGUAUCUUUUGUGAGCAAUAAGAUUUCACUGUAGUCAAAAUCAUCUCUUGUCAAAAGGAGAACUUAAGUGGUUAAAACUUUUUGUCAAUUCAUGUGUACCCAGGUCAUGACUCAAAAUCCUGAAUGUGGAACAAUUGAUACACCUAUUGUGGAUGCGUUGCAUACCAUGCAUGAUGGAAAAUUCUUACAUCUUCCUGUUGUAGAUAGAGGUACAGCUCUCUAUCCAGACAAGGAGCAGUUACCGUUUCAUAAUUUAUGGUUCCUUCCACGUUUGUCAUCAUACAGAUACUUACUUUUUUUGUUUAUUUAUACAGAUGCAAACAUUGUAUCUGUGAUCGAUGUUAUCCAUAUUACUCAUGCAGCAGUGGCUACUGUAAGUUUUCUGUUUUGUUUGUUGCGUUUCACUUGAUUUUCUCCUUUUAUUUAUCACAAAUUGACCCGAACUAUUCAUCUGCAUGCGAAACCAUGAUGUAUUCCGUGAACAAUUUUUUCUCAAAUUUAUCUUUUAUCAGACAAUAUGAUAAAACCAGAGCAUUUGGAACAUCAUAUGCAUUGAUCAUUCCGCUUAAUAUUCACUUGUACAAUAUGGGACAUGACUCACAUAAUUUUUAUGUUUACUUUGUAGCACAAUUUAUGAGCUCAUUAAAUAUAAUUUUCCAAGAAUCUCAAUCAAGGAAGAAAGAAAGGACUCUCAACAUGGGAACCUGAUUUUAGAGUUUGUGCCUGUGGAGACCGACUUUGUCUCAAUAGGUCACCACCUCCCUUUUUGUAUAUUUGUAUGUGAUUAAAAUAUAAGGGGCGAGCUCAACAUUAAAAUGUAGGGUAGUACAGGCAAGAUGAAUGGAAACGAACUGGAUCGUGUUUAUUGAAUCUCAAUACUCAAAGCCCUAAUCUGAUCUCUUCAACACAUACCUUAAGCUAAUUUUAUAAGUCCUUCCUUGUCAACUUACUCGAGGUGGACAUAACCCGAUCCUUGUACAAAACUCUGAUGAAGAUACUUGCUGCUAGGUCCUUCAAUUCUUCUCUAAGAUGUGUGCAUAAAUGUUGUGCUCCCAUUUAGGCUAUAAUGUGACAACGAAAUGAACUUUACUACAAAACCAGUCCUGUAGAGAUUUUAGUAAAAAAAAAUUCUUCUCUUUAUUCCUCUUUCCCUAUUAAGUUAUUGGUGACGGCCAAGUGAUGGCUGCUUCGCAGACUCUGAUCAUUGCACAUCUCGUUCUGGGUUCCCUUCCCUUCUAUUUCUAAAUCACCAUCCUAACCUUCCGGUACAUAAGAUUAAAAGGAAAAUUUCAUGGACUGGUGUUGCGAUGCGAUACCAAUAUCUUGACAGGACAUUAGAUUGCUUUCCUCAACCUGAAGCUGUUUUCCUCCAGAGAUCUGGCAAGAACCUGAGUAACAAUAAUCUGUUGUCAUUACUGUUUUUUCCGUGAUUCUCCAUAUCAACAGUCUGCGCUCUGUCACCUUUAACUAGAUCCUGCUCUAUCGUUCUCCAAAGUAGGACUGGGUUUAUUGGCCCAACAUCUAUUUUUCUAACAACUAGCAAUCAAAGUUCUGAAACCAAAGUCAUUUAUUUCCCAUUCAAAUAUUCAGAUUAUGCUUUCUGUUUCUCCUCUCAAAUCCUUUCUCGAAUUAUUUCUGAAUCUUGUCUGGAGUGAUAUGUCUGUUGGUUGAAUUGAGAAAAACGUCUGUCCAGGUGGGAAGUACUAGUGGCAUCGGAACUGAGACGACAAAUAAUAUGAUGCAGAAGUUUUGGGACUCUGCAAUGGCCUUUGGACCGAUUGAUGAUGAUGACGAUACCAUGAGGUUUUGACUCUGCUAAUUCUGCAGAAAUUUAGUAGUUGACCGAGGCUAUGGCGUGACGUCAUUCUUACAAUGUGUUGUGCAUAUUUCAGUGAGGGAUCAACCAAACUGGCGUCCGAGGGAACAGACGUGGGAAAACAUGCUUCUUACCCAUCUUCAGGGCUGGUCAACACUUUCAGCUUUAAACUCGAGGAUAAAAAGGGCAGGAAGCACAGGUUCAACUGUGGUAUGUUUCAUUUUAUUAUCUUCAUCUUCGAAAACUCCUCAGAGGAAUUGUGAAGUUUACGGCCCUUGCACAGAGACCAGGAGCAUGACGGACCUAAUAACGUGCAUUCUUCAGAGGGUGGGGAAUGAUAUUGAUCGGAGUAAUCUCCCCCAGAUUUUGGUAAACCAUCUCUGUUUGGCUGCGUUUGGUUUACCCAUUGAAUCGUUUCACCCUUUCUUCGCAAGUUUUAAUGACGACAUUUUUCCCUCGUAAUUUUUAGUAUGAAGAUGAAGAUCACGACAAAGUUGUUCUUGCAUCAGACAGUGAUCUUGCGGCUGCUGUUGAACAUGCCAGGCUUGCUGGUUGGAAGGUGCCGGACUGAUAAUUCGUCUGAUCCUCUCCAUUCUCUGCUGUUUUCUUCUCUUUUUUUUUCUCGAUUCAGCAUCAUUUCCUCUUUGACACUGACCGUUCUUCUCCACCAUCACCUCUUAAGGAAAUUCUUCUGACACUCGGUUUUUGACACUGCCAUUUAAUUGUGCAUCAUUUCCGUUUUUUUCUCUAAGAAGAAGCCCGUUGACUUUCCUCCCAACAUCAAAAACUGCGGAUCCCUUUCCUUUUGUACUGCAAUGGAGAUCUAACCUUAUGGGUCCCCUUCGACAGGGUCUAAAGCUGCAUCUGGAUUACACCGGUGCCCGUGGGAAUAGAAAAGAGGCCGGUUCUGGAGGCCUGGACUUUGCCCACAAGGACGCCUGGGCUUCGGCAUACAGCGCAGUGGCGGCAGGAGCGGCGCUUGUGGCGGGGCUCGGUGUCAUGGCCUACUUGAAGAGAGCAGGUUCAUAG